UCUUCCUCUUCCUUUUCGAGUACCACAUCAACGAACGUAUCUACUGACAGACUGCUUUCUGCAAUUCCUUCAAUUGCACGACCCUGUCGCCAGCUCUUGAGAAACUGACGACGCAGUCACUUGUGCAAUUAAAACCUUACUAAACACUUGCACUAUCGGCAACUUUGCUAUCGCAUCACGUCCCGUCUUGAACUGACAGACCCCUCCUACUUACAAGUCCCACCCCGCCAAAAUAUCACCACUACAAUCCACGAGAAUCAACAACCCAUUCUUUCCAAUGGCAGCAACUAACCGAACUACCUUCACCAUUACCCAGCCUUUCUUGGGCGCUCCUCUACAAUUCCAACCUGCUUUGGGAUCCAAGGAGCUUGAGGCACUUGUUGAUGCCUAUGUCAUUGGCAAUGGAUCCAAGAAAGACAAGCUGUCCGUUGUCACGGUCGAGUUCUUCAAUCUUGCUACCGUCGACCUGAAUACCGGCGCGCUUACCAAGACUUACGAGGUCUUCUCCUUCGGGCCAAUGUCUGAUACUUUCUUCGAACAAUCUCCAGUUGAAUCGCAGUCCUCCGGCUUCUCUCCUCCAAUCUUCACCCCAUCGCCAGGCUCAUCUGCUACUUUUGGAGAUUCCGGCUACGGAUCAUUCAGCCUUCCAAGCAUGACCCCUCCUACACGCACAUUGGGCUCUGCUCGUGUCACCAAGAAGUCAGCGAAGAAAGAUACCAAGAAGCCAAAGGUUGACGAGGCCCGCUUGCCAGGUUUCUCCAUCAUGACCAAGGAUGGCAUCGAUGUUACCACUACGGCUGGCAGAGGCACCAAGACCAAGGAGCAGAGAGAACAUGCGCAUUUGAUGCGGAUCAUGAAGGCAUGCGAUGCUUGCAAGCGAAAGAAGAUCAGAUGUGAUCCAUCCCACCGAAGAUCACAACAUGAUAUGUCCCGAGCCUCGACUACCACCACCCAGUCUUCCUCCGCCUCGGCUCGCCCAAGCCCGCAGUAUGAAAGUAGUCCUGGAUCAAGUGCACCCGCCUUAAGUAGACAAUCCACGCAAGCAUCACAGAGAGUGUUCACACCCUCGAAUGUCAUAGACGAUUUCGUACUGUUCCCAGAAGAUUCAGGUUCCUGGAAUCCGGAGAUGUCAGAGGCCGAUUUGGGUCAAUUCAACUUCGAUAUCAACGAUAUCGAAUUCAUUGCCGAGCUGCCUGUGCAAACCAACGACUUUUCGUUUUACCAGCAACCAUACAAUGAUUUCAACUUCGAUCAGCAACUUGGACAAUCUUUUUACCAACAGCCGCAAUCAUACUCUCAAGUUGAUGGUCAACAGAGUUUCUCGAACGCCCCUCUGAUGACCGAUUCGUUUGACACCCCAGGAUCAUACGACCUGGAUCAAUACAUGCCAGCCGCUCACUCUCGACCUCAUCCAUCUGGCUCGAGUCAAGAUUCUGGCCAGAUAGAUUACUCGCAACAAGGCUGGCCUGAAUUCUCUACAGACACACGUGCGAACCAAACUACCCCACUAUCACCUAGCUCAGAUUGGAACGUUCUUGAAUCAAGUCUGAUCAGCGACUCGCCGGGUGACCUACAUGACAGAAGCUCGUCAACUGGCCUGGCUUCCAGUCCACUGGAGCGGGUUAGUAGUGGUAGAAGCCCAUUGAGUAGUAGUAGUCGUCGCGUCGUCAAUGCGCAAGGCCUUGCUGCGACGUUGAGUACUGGUAUCGAUCGUACCACCGCCAACGGCGCGAGCAUCCACCCCGACCUCAAUGCCCAGCACCAAGCGACGGCAUUGAACAGCGACCACCUGAAUGUACCUGCUGUAAGCUAUAAUUCUGGACCAGACGGUACAGCUGAUCCUUCAGACAUUCUCGACGUUCCGCUACUCGCUUCGAGACAACGAUCAUCUCCCGCUGCCAGCACCGCAGUACUUCGUGGCCUGUCUGAGAACUGUCAGCAAGUGUCUCAAUCAUUACAGACCAUCAAUUCUUCUCGUUCAGAAUACACCGGCCUAGGCAAGGAUCUCCAACGACUACGCUUCGUGGCGGAUUUCCUAAGCUCACGCCAAACAGUUGUUCCCGGAGCCGUCAUAUCAGUUGCUGAGCAAUUCCGAUCACGUCUGAAUACUUUGUCUGCCCGACUUGGUUCGAUCGUCUCUACCGGGACAUCGAACCCACUUCUCGAGACAUUGGAUCCAGACUUCCAUGCGGAGUAUCUCCGACAAUGUCAAGUUGAUGCUCGCAGAUUAGUCCGCUCCUUGUGUGCUACGAUCAACACCGUCCAGGCCCAGAACACUGGCACUCAUGUUACCGGCAACACGCAAACACUGACGUCCGGUCGCAAUGCCCAACUGUUCCCAUCGCCCAGCCAGGGAAGUCCACAGUUUUCCCUCGUCUCUGGUGUUGGCAUGUGGAGCGAGAGCACCCAUGAAUGGCAACCAAGCAACGGCCAAUCGGCCAAUGUCCUUCGUGAAGUGAACACUUUCGACAUUCUUGAAAGUUCUCCUGGUGCCUAUGAAUUGUGCUCGUCGUCAAUGUCGGAAAGUGAAUCUGGAACAUUGAGGUUGUCAACAACCAGAAAUGCUCCUAGGUCGUCGAUCAUGGUGAAGGAUGCCCAAACUCUGGACCGUCAAUUCACUGCCGAAACGCAUCUGCAAGAUGUGCCCUCGGUUCCGUUCUUCGAUAUUGCUGAGGAGUAUUCUAGCAUGCUCGCAUACUCUGGAAUCCAAUCGCAACAUGAUUCCGUGGCGGAUCGUACCCAGACGUCCUCAACCACCCAGUAUGUGGAUAGUUCCCAAGAGACCAGCCUGGCUCAAGCCGGGCCAGACUCUAGUAGGAGUGCAAUUCUCCAGACUACUGUCGCUGCCCAACAAUCGUCGGUGUCCUUGAGUGUCAGGCCCUCACUGCCAUUUGUACUUGCAGUUGCUGUUCUUGGCUCGCUGUUCCUUGGUUCGAAGGUUCUUACCUCAUUCAUGACAUCGCCCUUCGCUGUCCUGGUCAUACAAGCCCUUACCUCGCUCAGAGAAAGCUCUACCGAAUGGAUCGGCAACGACUCUUUCUCAGUCGCGAAACUCGUUGCGUGUGCCGCCUUGGCCGCACAUCUCCCCGCCUUGGCCAAGUCGACCCUCCUCUGUGGAGGUAUGGCUUUGUUCCACCUUCUCACUGGCGCUGAAAAGUCCGAUGGAAAGGAAAUAUCUUCAAUGUCUACAUCAAAUAAUGAUUUGGAGAUUGAUGAUAGGUGUGGUGACAAGAGAGGGUUGAUGGCGAUGAUGAUGGAUUUCAGUCCUGUCGUUGCUGUGCAGUAAUGGAUCCUAAAUCCUAGAUCCUCGAUUGAGAAUCUUGGCUUGCGCGUGCUAGCUCUAGACUUUUAGAGAGGAUAUGGAUUGUGACGAUAGGUACUCGAGUUAUGCUAUGAGACAACAGACGAAGAAGGAUGAGGCGUGGUGAGGUGUGGUUGAUGAUACCCUAUAUGUGAGGUGUGCGGUUAGGUAGUUGAGUGGGGAAUUCAACUUAUUUGGCCGGUACUCUUUUUCUCGUGUU